GCGACUUGCAAGCACAACGCCAAGCAGUCGACUCUUAGUCUUCAUGUAGAAAUAUACAGAUUCAUUUUCGGGCGGAUGUCAAUAGAAAUAUACGAUUGAAAACGGAAAGUGACAAACAAAGAAUUCUGCAAAGAAUUAAUGUGUUGGUUUUGUCGUGGAGAUAAAAAACAAACCAUUAUACAACUAUUUUCAUAAUGGCUAAUGCACCAAUCAGCAAACUGCACUUAGAAUCUGUCGAUAGAAUUGUCAGCAUUCCAUUGGUCGAGACAAGUUUUAAGCGUAUCGAGGAUCUGUAUGGCAAAGUUAAACACAAUAAUCGGCUAUUUAAUUGGUAUUUUGAAACCGCUGAAUCUACAAUUUUUGCCGCCUAUGAGUCUGUGCAGCCGGCAGUCAAACUUUUCGAAGCGCCUCUGAAGCAUCUGGAUGGCGUUAUGUGUAAAAGUUUGGACUUAUUGGAACAGCGUAUACCACUCGUUUAUUUGCCACCAGAAAUGAUGUAUUGGAAUACAAAGGAAUACAUGUCGGACCAUCUUGUGCGGCCGGUGUUAAAGCGCGCCGAUUCCGUCAAACAGAUCGGCAGCACUGUGUUGGAAAGUUCACUAACAGCAUAUGCAGCGGAUCGGCUAGACGAAGCCUUCACUGUUGGGGAUAAAUUCGUGGAUAAAUACUUAGUGCCUCUGCCAGGCGAUCAAACGGAUGCACCAGCCGAUGAAGAUAAGAGUGCUGUCGCUGAAAACGAGAAAGGCGCCAUUAAGGCAAUACAUCACGGUCAACGAUUCUCACGCAAGCUUAAGCGUCGCCUAACCCAGCGCACCCUCGCCGAAGCAAGAGCCUUAAAGAAACAAAGCAGAGAAGCCAUUAAUAUACUCAUCUAUGCAGCCGAGUUGAUUGCAACGGAUCCAAAGUUGGCUCUACAAAAAGCCAAAGAACUUUGGGACUAUCUGAGUGAAGACGAGCCAGAAAACCAAGCCAGGCCAGUCAGUUUGGAACAGUUAAUUGUCUUAUUGACACGGGAGUCAGCUCGACGUUUAGUGCAUCUUGUGAAUUUUAGUGCAAACAUCGCUUCAAACCUCCCAAAAAAGUUGUCCCACACCACCACUGAGGUCGUUCAUCACAUUAUAAUUCUGAAUAACCGCAUUAUUAGCAUUACGAAAUUGGAUAAGGUUAAAAAUAUGUCCAAGCAAGAAGCUGAAUCACUAAUUAAGCGCGCCUUGACCUUCUAUGGUGGUCUUCAAAUCAUCACUAAUAGCUAUUUGGAACGCUUAGCCACUUUUCUCUCUGGUCGCAUAGAGGCGGAAAAGGUAACUGUCACUGCUAUCGCAUCUAACGCAUCCUCGUCCAACGCAAGACGACGAAUCGAACCACAGGACAAUAGUGUUCCUGUUCCACAUAUAAAUGGCGUCUACUGAGAAAUAGAAUUUAUUAUUGCUGUCGUAUUUUUGUUUCUAAUCAUCGACUUUUAUUUUUGCUUUCAUAUUCGUACUAAUACAUAAGGUAACAUAAAAAACCGUAAAAUAAAUGAGGCGUCUUAAUAAACCUAA